ACCGUCAAAAUGGCUGCUCGUCGUCUUACUCCGGUAGCAAGUAGAAUUGUGUUUAGACGUUUUCGUAGUUCCAAGUCAUUCACGGCUUCGGGAGAAAGCAUUGAACCAGUGAUAUGGACUGGAAAAGAGACGUUAGCUGAGAGCGAUCCCGAAAUGAUGGCGUUAAUAUCAGAAGAAAAAGACAGACAAGUACGAGGAUUAGAAUUGAUUGCAUCUGAGAAUUUUGCAAGUCGUGCUGUUUUGGAAUCAGUUGGAUCAUGUUUGAAUAAUAAAUAUGCUGAGGGUUAUCCAGGACAGAGAUAUUAUGGUGGAAAUGAAACAAUUGAUAAAGUAGAACGUCUGUGUCAAUCGCGUGCAUUGGAAGCCUUUGAUUUGGAUCCUGAGAAGUGGGGAGUGAAUGUACAACCGUAUUCCGGAUCUCCUGCAAACUUUGCCGUAUAUGCUGGAUUACUGAAUCCACAUGACAGAAUAAUGGGAUUGGAUUUAGCACACGGAGGACAUUUGACUCAUGGUUUCAUGUCUGAUACAAAGCGUGUGUCUGCUACAUCAAUAUUCUUUGAAUCAAUGCCCUAUAGGCUCAAUCAACAAACAGGUUAUAUUGAUUAUGAUAAACUAGAAAUGACUGCUAAACUAUUUCGUCCUCGGUUGAUCAUUGCUGGAACCACUGCCUACAGUAGAUUACUGGAUUAUCCUAGAUUUAGACAGAUAUGUAAUGACACUAAUUCAGUUAUGAUGGCUGAUAUGGCCCAUAUUAGUGGUUUAGUUGCUGCCAAAGUCAUUCCAUCACCGUUUGAAUAUGCUGAUGUUGUUACAAGUACCACACAUAAAACUCUAAGAGGCCCCAGAGCUGGAGUGAUAUUUUUCAGGAGAGGAGUGAAGGGUGUAGAUAAAAAGACAGGAAAGGAGAUUAAAUAUGAUUAUGAAAGUAGAAUAAAUGGUGCUAUCUUUCCAGCAUUACAAGGUGGUCCACAUGAACAUGCUAUAGGGGGUGUUGCAGUGGCUCUAAAACAGGCAAUGUCUCCUCAGUUCAGGGAAUAUCAAACGCAAGUACUGAAGAAUGCCAAGGCAUUAGCUGACAGUCUUAUGAAAUUAUAUGGAUGGGACCUUGUAUCAGGUGGAACUGACAACCAUCUUGUUUUAGCCAAUGUACGUCCUCUCGGUGUUGAUGGUGCACGAGCUGAAAGAGUAUUAGAAUUAUGUUCUAUCACUGUUAAUAAAAAUACAACACCUGGUGAUAAGAGUGCUCUUAAUCCUGGUGGUCUUAGAUUAGGGGCCCCAGCGCUAACUUCUCGUGGUUUCAAAGAAUCUGAUUUCCGUGAAGUGGCAGGUUUCUUAGAUCGUGGUGUCAAAAUCACACAUGAUGCCAAACAGAAAACUGGUAAAUUGAAGGAAUUUCGUGAAUUUAUCAUGAAAGAUGAUGCCAUCUUACAAAAGAUGCAAGGACUGCGCACAGAUGUUGAAGAUUUUGCAAGACAAUUUCCCAUGCCUGGAUUUGAUGAGCGUUGAUGAUCAUAUCAUCACACUAAUACAUGACAAUCCACCCUGUGGAUAAAAUUUAUCAAGUUGUAAACAAAAGAUCUUUCUUCCAAUAUUUUAAGAUGCCAUUAUCUUACCAGAGGUAGUGUUGAUCAACAAUCACUGUACUUGAAGAAUUCAAAAAUGAAUUCAAAGUGAACUAGAUGCUAUUGCAUCUAACACAACUUCAAUACAUUGAUAGCCAUAAUUUCUAACAUGUAUUUCUAAUGUUAUUGAGCUCAAACUGAAGGGAAUUUCGUACAGUGUUUGUCAAUAACAGAAUGACUGCCAUCUAUUUUCAAUUUUUAACCUAAAACUAAAAAAAAAAAGUUUUCAUGAAUAUUAGCAAGCAAAUAAAGGUAUCAUCUGUAUUAUCAUUUACACAUUAUUCAUUGUUAUGUUCGUACAAAUUGUUAAUUCACCUUAUUGGUAACAAGAUUAGGAUUAUUCUAUUGUGAAAGGUAAAUAGAGCUUCCAUUUUAGCAAUAAAUUGAUGUGUGCGUCUUCUGUUGUACUUCCCUGAUGUACGAGAUAAAAGUGCGCUAUCAGUAUUUCACAUUCCAUUCUUGUAAUGAUGGUAAUAUAACACCUUGAAUAUACAUACUUGGUUUUUGCUGUUUGUAUAUCUGGUUACUGUAAAAUGACUUGUGGGUUUCACUGGGUUUAAAUUUCACUGAUUUAGCAUUUCAGGCAUAUUCAGUGGAUUUUAAAUUCACGGUUUUAUCAUUUAGAUAAUGUGUUCUAUGCCAAAUUUUACAUAUUCACUGGGUUUUAAUUUAGUGCAUUUUUCAGUCAGCAAAAUAUGCAAAACCUAAAACCCAGUGACAGUAUACAACUGCACUAUUUUAUUUUUGAACAGAAUGUUUAGCAAUCAGUAUAUUUCUACAUGUCUUUCAUUGUUCUACUGUGACAUUUCAGUAUUAAAUCUUACCGAGAUACACUGUAAAUUGAAUAUUCCUUUCCGACACACAUGGGAAUACUUCACAUUUUAUUGAUAUUGUAAUGUGUAUUGCUAUUGAAUACAAAAUAUCAUCUUAGUACAUAUUGUACCAAAUACAAGUGAAGGUUUGAGCCGUGUUACAAGAAAUCAUUUUGCAUUGGCCUAAAUUUUAUCAGCUACUGUAACAAUAAUAUGUAUAAAGACUAGGAAUUUUAACUGGAGCGAAGAUUAUUCAACUUUAUGAUAAUGUUUCAGAAGACGAUUCUUGUACCUGUGAGAUGUUUUUCAAAAUAAUGUUACAAACCAGUUACUAAUGACCAGAUUGGUAUUUCUCAUCAAUAAAUAUUCUACCAGUAAAAUUUUGUGCUAAAUUUCUCAGUCUUGUAAGGAGUGUUACCUGAUUAUGAUAUUCCACUGAACACUAUUUCUACAUACUAGUAGUUUGUAUUGGAUACCAAAACUCCACAAGAAGUUUUUAGCAGGGUCCAGUUGAUGUACAACCAAUCUGUUAUCACAAUUAUUAAGAAUGGUUGUGAUCAAUAUUGUGAUACUCUUCAUGAAAAUAGAUUAAUUAAAUGUGGA